GGCUAAACUGCCAGCCCGGACUCCUGGGUUCCAUGGCGAGGGGAGGGGGGUCGGGGCUGGGAGCCCGGACUCCUGGGUUCCAUGGGGGGCGGGGCGUGCUGGGAGCCCGGACUCCUGGGUUCCAUGGCGGGGGGACGGGGGUCGGGGCAGGGAGCCCGGACUCCUGGGUUCCAUGGGGGGGUUGGGAGCCCGGACUCCAGGGUUCUGCCCCAUCUCUGGGUAGGGAUGGUGCCAGGAGUCGUGGCGUGGUGGGAGCUAUUCAGUGGCUGGGCUGCUCUGGUUCUGUCCGAGGGAAGGGAGGAAACUGCCUGAGCCAGGACUCCUGGGUCCUAGUCCUAGCUCUGACCUUGUGCGUGACCAGCCCUUCCCUUCCUGACCCCUGCAGUCAGUGUCCUUACCGUGGUGCGGGGGGGGCGCCCCUAACCCCAAGGCCCCUGCCCCACGCAGGGAGGGCCAGCUGCUGGCAGCUAGGGACCUGAUACAAUUUCCAGACUUCUGCUGUGAAUUCUCUCCACCCCACCGUGGCACUUAGACCAGGGUGAGGGGCAUAUUAGACUUGCCUGGGAUGAGCAGCGGGGCCCAUGGCUCAAGUGCUGGGCUGGGGAGACCAGGCCCUCCUGCUCCAGGAGCUCCUUGGCUGCUUACCCUGCAAAGCUGUAGCAGGCUUUGGGGGCGGGGAGAACACAACUUCCUUCCCCUGUGCUACUGAGACACUUGAGCCACCCAGCCUCUGCUCCCACUCCUCUGGGCCGGCUCCAUGCAGCCAGGCCCCAAGGUGGUUCUAGGCCUCUACCUCAGCCGCCUUCUUGCAUCAGUCGCCCCAGAAGCGCAGUGCAGGAGGGCUGACGAAAGCCCUUGGAGUUUCUCUGGGGGUUAUUUUGGAAGCACUGUUCUGAAAUGCUGCCUUAACUGGCCAGCGAACCCCCCCAGGGAGGGCCCAGGAGCCCCUGGGCGGGCAGUAGAAGGAGACUGGGGACCUUGCCCUACCAGGAAGAUGCCAAGAUACCAUGGGGGCGAGCGCAGUGUUAGACAAGGCAGCUCCUCUAACCCGGGCUCCCAGGCCAGCUCGGCCUGAGGCUGCCGAGCUUUGCUCUAUGAGCAAGAGAAUCCAGUUCCCCUUGGCCUUUGAUCCCAGCCGCAAAGCCCCGGCUCAGGGCGGCUUUCAGCAGCAAUGCCUCUGGUGGCUGCACUUCUAGCACUUGGGAGGAGAUCCUUGCUCUUCCCCCAGCAGUGGGGUGGAAGCAGCCGGCUGGGAGAGGGCCACAGCGGGGCAGGCGGGAGGGUUGUCUCAUUGCUUGAAACUUCCCACAACGUCAUGGGCUAAAAAUAGCCUCUGGCUGGAGCAGGAAGCGGUUCCCAGCGGGGCGGGGUCCUGGGGUCACACCGGGCUGGAGCAGGCAGUGGUUCCCAGCAGGGAGGAGGCCUGGGGUCGCUGGAGGGGAAAGCAGGCAGUGGGUCCUAGUAGAUUUCUUUGGGUCACACCUUCCUUUCCAUCCCUGCUAGUGUUGCCUGGUUCUGGGCCCAUGGGGGGAUUUGCCAAACGGCUGCCUUGUCUGAUUCUGUCUUUGCUUUUCCCCGCAGUCUUCUAGAAGAAAGUGCAUGUUCAUACAUAACCACACGUGAGAGCAGCCAGGGAGACUAUCUGGCCCAGACCUGACGAUGGCAGCCGAGCCGGUACCUGCCUCCCUGCCCAGCUGGGAGCUGGAGGCUUGGUAUGAGGACCUGCAGGAGGUGCUGUCCUCAGAUGAGAAUGGGGGGACAUCCCUGCCCCCUGGGGGAGUGGAACAGAAGGACCUUGCCACGCUUGAUGCCACGGCGCUGCUAUGGGGCUUGGAUUUCCCGGCCCCCUUGGUGGAGUCGACAGGCGAUGCCCCUGGGAGCUGCGAGCUGGAUGCCAGCUUGACAAGUGAGCUGCUGGAGCUGCUGAGCGGAACGGCCGAGGAGCUGGCAGGGCUCCCUGAAUCGGACUCCAGCCAGAGUUCCCCGGCUCAGACCUGCACAGAGGACGAGGAGGGGGCAGGCCCGGCCUGUGGCCUGAAGAGGAAGAGAAGCAGCCAGCCCCAGGGGCAGGGCAAGAAGCGGAGCAGGGAGAAGGAGCAGAACGAGAGGAGGGUGACAGAGCUGAUGGCCGAGAACGAGCGGCUCAAGCAGGAGAUCGAGCGGCUGAGCGCGGAGGUGGAGGCCACCAGGGCGGCGUUGAUCGAGCGCAUGGUGAACCUGCAGAAGGUGUAGGGCUGAACUGAGCCCAAGGGGCUGCAAUGCCCUCUGCCUGUGGACUCACAGGGGGGCAGCUAGGCCCUGGUGCUGACUGAACUGAGGCCUGCUGGUGGGGUGUUGCCCCCCUGUCCCAAGACAGCUGUGCAGAGCCAGGGGCUGGACCGGAGGGUGAACGGACCAGUGGCUGCCCUGGGCAGAAUGACAGACAGCAGCCCCGGGGGGCCCUAUGUCUGCUGGUGCUGCAUGGGGAGAGCUGGCAAAGGACCUGGAUGGCAGGAGCUCCCCCUCCUGGUUGUGCCAGUGCAGUGCUUGGGGCUAGCAGGCACCAGGCCAUGUUUUCCCCUGCCAGCUGGCACAGCCCCCCGUGACUAAUGGCUAUUGAACGAGGGCCGGUGACUCCCGGCGCGGCGGGAGGGGCUGUUGUAAUGAGCAGCACGGCAUGUCGAGCAAACCCUUUAUUGUACAUUGCUGCGCGGUCAGCGCUUCCCCCAUUACACUCCGUACGCCUG